AGGUGUGUGUGUACUGUUAUGCAGUGUCUUAGACCGCUGUACCACUUGGGAGCGUAAAGCCUGGUCCUCUCCCCUCCCUUAUACUGUUAUAACCCUGAAGUUCAAACAGUACAGUUUUUACCCCUGAGGUCCUGGCCAGGUGUGUGUGUACUGCUCUACUCCGAUUGGCCAUUGAUCUUUAUCCUCUAUCAGACCAAGACUUCAGUCAAGUCCUCUCUAGUCAUUUCCCUGACGUGUGCAUUCAGUCAGUAAUGGGUGAUCAGAAUGCGCUCAACAGGUGUGGGAUGAAACGUCAACACCAAAUAAAAGCCUAUAUUUGAUGAGCUUGAGUGUGACGGGUUCGUGUCGUUGCAGAUAUGGGUGCUUGGCGCUGGCCAGACUGGAUGAGGAAGUGAGGCUGAGUGAGAAGGAGAUCACAGCUACCCAGGACUGCUGUUGGAGAGGACCUCUGGACAGGUUCCUGCAGCGUGUGUCAGGGUGGAGGUACCAGACUCAUGGAGAACCACUUCCAGACAGAGGCCUUCAACCUGGAUAAAGUGUUGGAUGACUUUGAACAGAAGCAAGAUGAGACCGACAGUCCCAGUCUGUCUGAUAAGUGGAUUCAGAUCCUGGCCCCUCCUGCCCCCCUAUCUCCGAACCGUGCCCUGGCUUUGACCCCAGACCUCGGCCCCCUCCCCUUAAAGACCCCCCUGCCCCCUGACCCGUCAUCCAGCAACCCCCAGGGGCCCAACGCCAAAUGCCACCCCACCGCCGAGCCCCCACCCUGGGGAGAACUACCAGACUGCCAUGCAGAUAUGCGGAGCGCUCCGCUCCCCCAGCCCAACAUCGGCAAGCUGGUUGGGGUUGAGGUCUCGUCGGCCUCCUCUAGCCCCAAUCCGUACCACCACGACUCCUCUAUCAGCCCCUCUAGUCCAGCCAGCCCUACCCUCAACGGGCUCAGUGAAGAUCCCUGCAAGGGGAAGCAGACAUGGGUGACCCCUUUAGACCACCACCAGCCCCCCACACCCUCAGACCCACGUACUGAUGCCCCUGUGGGGGAGAGGGGUGACGGAAGCUCCCACGUUAGUCACACACACUUGACCAUUGAGGAGAGGCCUGGAGGGGUUGAGGCGAUAGCAGAGAAGUUGAACUCCAAGCCAGAGACCGAGAGACCUGGUGCUUGGUCACCUAUUCAGGACAGUGGUCGGGAGGAGGAGGACCGAGGGAGCAGGGAGGAGGAAGAGGAGGACCGAGGGAGCAGGGAGGAGGACCGAGGGAGCAGGGAGGAGGACCGAGGGAGCAGGGAGGAGGACCGAGGGAGCAGGGAGGAGGACCGAGGGAGCAGGGAGGAGGACCGAGGGAGCAGGGAGGAGGACCGAGGGAGCAGGGAGGAGGACCGAGGGAGCAGGGAGGAGGACCGAGGGAGCAGGGAGGAGGACCGAGGGAGCAGGGAGGAGGAGGAAGAGGAGGACCGAGGGAGCAGGGAGGAGGACCGAGGGAGCAGGGAGGAGGACCGAGGGAGCAGGGAGGAGGACCGAGGGAGCAGGGAGGAGGACCAGUCUCUCCCCCCUCCUCCCUCCAAGGAGGACUCCGUGACAGAGGAGAAGGAGAUGGAGGAGAGCAACCUAGAGAACGGAGGAGGAGGAGAUAGCAGUGUUCCCUCCAUACUGAACACUCGUCUGCAGCUGGUAAGUGCUUCGUUCGGUGGAGCACGUCCCAAACAACCGGUCAAACUCCAGAUCCCCUGGCCGCUAUCCGGACAGGACCAGAACCAACUAUCACCUACCGUUAACACCACCGCCGUCUGCAAGAACAAGAACAUUGAGAACCGCGCCGGUGACAUGGAAACCAUGGAAACUGGAACCGUCGUUGCCGGGGGUGACCCUGGUGGUUGUGUCGAUGUUAACGUGGAGUUGCUAAACGGGUCGUCAUCGUUGGGCCUGGUGCUGGAGUCCGAGAGCAGCCCGGACAAUGACCUCCAGGCUGGGUGUCACCACCAGGGUGCUCUGCCCAGGAAACAGCUCUCCUCCCUGGGGGAUGUGGCCCCCGUGUGGGUCCCUGACUCCAAGGCUCCAGUCUGUAUGAAGUGUGAGAUCCGCUUCACCUUCACCAAGAGGAGGCAUCACUGCAGGGCCUGCGGAAAGGUGUUCUGUGCUGCCUGCUGCAGCCUGAGGAGCAGACUGAUUUACAUGGACAGGAAGGAGGCCAGAGUCUGUAUCACCUGUCACUCUGCCCUACUGAGUGGUCAUUCGUGGGGGGGUAUGUGUGGUGGGUCUAACCAGAGUCCUAACAACCCAGCAGAGUACUGCAGGACCAUCCCACCUCUGCAGCAGAUCCGCUCAGAGGGGUCCACAGGUUUCCACCCGCGGGAGCGGAGGAGGGUGCGGUUUGCAGAUGGAAUCUUGCCCAAUGGGGAAGCAGCGGAAUCCCCAAGCUCCCUGCCCUCAGCCCCGCCCCCUCGCAAACAUUGGCUGUCUCAGUGUUCCAACAAAUCCUUCACUUCUGAUUUGCGAGAGGCGUUGUCCCCUGCCCCUGCAGCCCCAGUGGGAAGCCCUGUAGGCAGCUCCAUCAGUCUAAUUCCGGAGGACGGACUUCCUCCCAUCCUCAUCUCAACCGGAGUUAAAGGAGGUGUGAGGGGACACAGCACAGCAUCACCACCCUCAGACUAUACGGUGGAGGAGCGUCCCUCUGAGAUGGUUCUGAUACAGCAGCUGGAGGAGGCAGGUCCUGACCCCCUGGUGUUUGUGCUCAACGCUAACCUGCUGGCCAUGGUCAAACUGGUCAACUACGUAAACAGGAAGUGUUGGUACGUGACCACUAAGGGGAUGCAUGCAGUGGGCCAGGCUGAGGUGGUAGUGCUGCUGCAGUGUCUACCUGACGAGAAGAGCAUCCCCAAAGACCUCUUCAGCCACUUUGUACAGCUCUACCAGGAGGCCCUCACAGGUAACGUCCUGACCCACCUGGGCCAUUCGUUCUGCACCCAGAGUUUCCUGGGCAGCAGGGAGCAUGGAGGAUUCCUCUACGUCUCCCCAUCCUUCCAGUCCCUCCAGGACCUGAUGCUCCCCAACCCCCCCUACCUGUUUGGGGUGUUGCUGCAGAAGUGGGAGACCCCCUGGGCCAAGGUGUUCCCCAUCAGACUCAUGCUGCGGCUGGGUGCAGAGUACAGAUUCUACCCCUGCCCUCUGUUCAGUGUGCGGUUCAGAAAACCCCUGUUUGGAGAGGCAGGGCACACCAUCAUGACCCUGCUGGUGGACUUCUGUAACUACCAGUACACGUUGCCCAUGGUGAAGGGUCUGGUGGUGGACAUGGAGGUGAAGAAGACCUGCAUCAAGAUCCCCAGCAACCGAUACAACGAGCUGAUGAAGGCGAUGAACAAGUCCAAUGAUCAUGUCCUGGCCAUGGGAGCGUGUUUUAACGAGCUGGCCGACUCCCACCUGGUGUGUAUUCAGAACGACGACGGAAACUACCAGACACAGGCCAUCAGCAUCCACCACCAACCACGCAAAGUGACUGGCGCCUGCUUCUUUGUGUUCAGUGGUUCUCUGAAGGCAUCUUCUGGAUACCUGGCCAAGACCAGCAUUGUGGAGGAUGGUGUGAUGGUGCAGAUCACAGCAGAGACCAUGGAUGCUCUACGGCAAGCCCUCAGGGACAUGAAGGACUUUAGUAUCACCUGUGGCUGGGCAGACCAGGAGUACAGCCAGGAACACGUUCACAUACAGUGGAUAGAUGACGAUCACAACUUUUUCAAUAAGGGUGUAACUAGUCCUAUUGAUGGGAAGUCUAUGGAGUUCACCACCAGCAUGAAAAUCUUCCACGGUUCAGAGUUCAAGGCCAAUGGGAAGGUCAUCCGCUGGACAGAGGUGUUCUUCCUACAGAGUGAGGACCAGCCCAACGGUCUGAGUGACCCUGCUGACCACAGUCGCCUGACGGAGAACGUGGCGAGGGCAUUCUGCGUGGCGCUCUGCCCACACCUCAAACUGCUGAAGGAGGAAGGCAUGGCUAAGCUGGGCCUACGGGUCACCCUCGAGUCUGACCAGGUGGGUUACCGAGCAGGAAAUAACGGCCAGCCUCUCCUCUCCCAUUACCUGAGGGACCUGGACAGUACUCUGAUCCCUGUCAUCCAUAGAGGGGCGUGUCAACUCAGCGUAGGACCUGUCGUCAUGGAGCUGGUCUUCUACAUCCUGGAAAUCCUCUCCUAGGAGAUGGAGACACCGCUUAGCAACGGACCAACACCCCAGACGCCGAUCUCCUAGUUCUCUCUCUCUCUCUUUCUCUUUUCUCUCUUUCUUUCUUUUUAUUUUUAUUUAUAUAUAUAUUCCCUCCCAUCUUGCCCCUCCUGUUUUUCAGAGAGGCUGUGAGGGGCAGCUAGCUGAUGUUGCUAUCCCUUCGACAGACAGCUGUGGUGAUGGUUACCAGCUAGCUGAUGUUGCUAUCCCUUCACCAGACAGCUGUGGUGAUGGUUACCAGCUAGCUGAUGUUGCUAUCCCUUCACCAGACAGCUGUGGUGAUGGUUACCAGCUAGCUGAUGU